GUCAAUCUAGCGCGGGCCACAGUCUGCCAGAGCAGAGUGAUGGCACCCCCGCGAAGAACAGCAGAAGCAGCUCGAGAGCUAUGGAACGAAGAUAUCUACCAGCAUCAGUGGGAAGCUCCACAUGGCCAGCAACAGGGCUUUCCUACCGAGAGCAAGCGAGAUAAGCGUCGGCGGGACAUGAUCGAGCGGAUCGAGCGGUUGCGCCGGGAUGGGAUCGAGCGAAGGGAGCCCAUCUUCCACGAGUUGCUCAAUCAGAUCCACGAAUCUCAUCUGGCCCUGCUGGCUCAGCCUGCACCCACCCACCCAGAAUAUUUGCUCGGCUUGCACGACCUGAGCGUCAAGAGAGAUCAUCUGCUGCUCGGCGUCAAAGCCGAAGCUCGCCAUGGCCUAGAAACUGCCAAACGACUUUACGAGACUGAAGUCGAUAGAAUAGAAGAAGAGUACGAGCAGUUCAAGCGCGGCAUCAAGGACAGACUCAUCGAAGCCUGCGAGGAGCGCACACGCAAACUACGCGAAGAGAAGGAAUCCCUCGAAAUCAAUUUAGAUGCCCUGUUUGACCCUCAGCCUAGACCGCAUGCGACUCGGCGCUUACGGCACGGUGCCCCCCUCCAACGCGCCUCGCCUUAUCCGACCAGCACAAUCGAAGCUUCGUACGAUCCGCCGCCCAAUGCGAUAGGACUGCCCCAUCCGUCAAUGGGUGGUCACGGAUUGGGCCUCGAUAUGCCCGAUACACUGGAUGUGCCCCCGCUGUCAAAUGGCACCGGCCACCUCGAUCCAGGCUAUCUCUACUCGGUCCUACCCUCCUCGCCACUGCUGACGUCCAUGCAGCUCAGCGGACCGGGAUCGCACCACCUGGCAGCGAACCAUCAGAUGACUUUGCUGUCUGCUCUGCAAUCGAGCACAGGCCACCAACGGUACAGAAAGAGAGGACAAGCGCCGGGUUUGCCUGGUCCCACGGGAGCGAUGCACAUCGUACCGGGCCGAUAUGAUCAGACAAUCAAACCUCUGCAAGCGCUACGUGGUCUGGCGGGCGAUGAGCUUGGGGAGGAUAUAGAAGCAAUGCGCAGGAAGAAGAAGCGGACAGGAGGUACAAAGAUGUAGCGUCAUUGCUUGUGCAGACGAUGCGCGCGGGUUCUGGCACCAGCGGCACGAGCACCGUCCUCGCAAAAAGCGCAUGCCAGACUUUACAAAAUCAGGUUCGAUCAUCCUCGUACAGCGAUUGGACUUAGCGCGGCCGAAGCACCUUAGACAAAGGCUUGUGAAGAGGACCAUCGGCGGUGGCGAUCGAACUUGUGUGGGCCCUGACAUGAUCUCCCUCGAUCAGGUCAAGGACGAUGUGCGCCUGUUGUAUAUUGUUAUCACCUCAGCUGCCCCUCUGCGCAAUGAGACGUCAGUCAGCC